UGUCGAAACAUUCUCAUCCUGAUCAACGAGAAACGACAAUGGCAGUUAAGGCAGUCUUCAUUUGCGUUACCGUCCUUUUGGUCCAGAUGAUAUCUGGCCGAUGCAUUUCAUGUGCAUCAGGACCCCUCUCCCGCUCCCCAAUCGCUGCUCCCUGUGGAGCAGCUCCUUGGGGCGCUCCUGAAGCCCAGCUGGCGCCACGUUUCGGGAUGGGAAUAAACAAUUUCGCUGCCUCCCGUGGUGGAGUUUUGGAAGUGUAUUCUUCAUCUCCAAUUCCUGUUACCGGUGUUUCUGUUUACUCGGAAAACGCAAUCGAAGGAAGACUUGCUGUGAUUGGUGAACUGCCCUUCUUGGGAACCGUGGCAGUGGAUGGAGCAUUGCCAACUUACGGCUCUGGAGCUGUUAAUUAUGAUAGUGGAAAUGGAAAUGUUGCUAUCACUCGAGAAGCGUGUUGAUUUAUUAGAUGAUUUAUUAUUAUAUUGACUCGGCUCUGC